CCCCAGCGCCCCCGCCACCGCCACCGCAUCAUCGAGCGCAACCGGCGAGCAAGACGCGUCGUCAUCACGAUCAUCAUCGUCGCUGCUGCUGCCGCCGCUCGCAGACGCAACCACAGCCGUACUCGUCGUCGGCAUGGCGGGAUCCGGAAAGUCGACCUUUGCUGCAAAGCUGGCGCAGGAGAUCGACGUGCGCGCAAAGGCGAAGGCCCGUGCAGGCGCACAGCGCACAGAAACGGAUGGCAGCAGCAGCAGCAGCAGCGGCGGCGGCGGAGCAUACUUUGUCAACCUCGACCCCGCCGUGUCGGCGCUAUCAUACCCGCCCAACGUUGAUAUACGCGACACGGUCGACUAUGCGCAGGUGAUGAAGCAGUACAACCUCGGGCCGAACGGCGGGAUCCUUACUGCACUCAACUUGUUCACGACCAAGUUCGACCAGGUGCUUGGCAUUCUCGAGAAGCGUGCUGUCGGCGGCGGCAUCGGCGAGCAGCAGGCAGUCGACGCUAUCCUCCUCGACACGCCCGGGCAGAUCGAGAUCUUCACGUGGUCCGCGUCCGGGACGCUGAUCACGAGCGCGCUCCAGACGAGCCGCAUACCGACUGUCGUGGCAUACGUGAUCGACACUCCGCGCACGACAUCGCCGGCGACGUUCAUGUCCAACAUGCUCUACGCCUGCUCGAUCAUGUACAAGACGCGCCUCCCAUUCGUGCUCGUCUUCAACAAGAUCGACCAGCACGACUGGGCCUUUGCCCGCGACUGGAUGCAAGACUUUGAGGCUUUCCAAAAAGCACUUAAGGUCGCCGGAAAGCCGACAAGGAGUGGCGUCGUGCGCUCUGGCCAGCAGCAGCAGCAACACGGCGCAGGGUAUUCCGAUGAUGGAGAUGGCAACUUUAUGAACAGCUUGAUGAACAGUAUGGCCCUCGUCCUCGACGAAUUCUACUCGAGCUUAAAUGCUGUCGGCGUAUCCGCGACGACCGGCGAGGGCAUUGAUGCGUUCCUGGAUGACGCGCUGCCGCGCGCCCGCGCCGAGUUCGUUCACGAGGUGCGCCCGUCGCUCGAGGCUGCUGCACGCGCGCGCCAUGACACGCGUGAGCGCGACAAGCAGCGCAGCCUGCAGCGGCUCCUGAGCGACAUGCAGCUUGAUCGCAGCACGACGACCACGACACCGCGACGGCGGCGUGGCGUCGGGAGCAAACAGGGUCAAGCCGAGGCGAGCGACGCGGACGACGACGAUGGCGAGCCACAGGAAGAGUGGCACGAAGAGUACGACGGGGACGGCCAGAUCGUCGAUCCGGACACUGACGAGGAGCGGCCAGACUACGACGACCUCCUCGCCGGCGCCAGCGGCGCGGCGGGCAGGACGUACGGCGCCGAUGGGACAGCCUGGCCCAAGCCGGCGUGAGAUUACUGCGAGCGAACGACAGAUCGCACACGCAUCACAUGUAGCAUACUCCGAUCACAUAGCGCGCGGCUAGCACAGCACAGCCGGCGCGCAAGCAGCAAGCAGUUUCCUGUUGGUAAUAUGUAUAUAGUAGUACAUAACGCCACGUUUCGAAACCCGC